GUAAGCAACUCUAAAGGUGGCAACCUUGGCUGUCAAAUUGAAGCUAGUUAGCAAUUUUGUCUCAGAACAGUGACUGUCGAAUUGAGGAGAUUGAGAAAAGAAAAUGAAUUCCCAGUUCAGCCGAAAAGCCACACCAGAGUCAACAACAACACUCACAGCUAUAGAACCAAAGCCGUCGACCAACCUGGCGAGCCAAAAAUCGAGAUCCGCGACGGUGGUGCUGAAGGGCCGUAAUCGCCGUCGUCGCCAUGAUGGAGCUGCCGGUGGCUUUGGAGGGGUUGGUGCAGUUGGAGGAGUUGGUGGUGGUGGCAAUAAGGGUGGUAUCGGCAAUGAAUCCUACCAGUUCGUUCCGGUGCGCCGUAAACCCUUAAGCGAGUACAUGGUGCUUGAGGAUCCGCCUGCUCCCAGUCGUCCAUCUGCAGCCCCUUCCAAAUUGCCGCUCGAUAAACCUCCCAUGAGCUAUGCCGCAGCCGUGGAGUCGCUCCCAGUGUCCAGGCUCAAGAUCAAGGUGGUAUUAUCUCCACGUUUCAAACGGGCCAGCAAUCAGCUUCCGGUAAAGCGGCAAAGCCCCAAACACUCCCAAGACAACAAGUUCAAAACGAUCACGCCGCCGCAGUCCAAGCCAACUAAUGCCCAGGUGAAUCCCAAGUGGAAAGUGGUCCAGGUGGCUCCUCAGUCUCGCAUUGCCCAGGUCAAUCCCCAUCCAAUCAACUCGACGCUAGUAGCCAGCUGUAAGAAAUCCAAGGCCAACAGAUCCAAGCAGGCCAAGCAAAAGAAACGAGAAGAGGCUGCCAUUAAAGAGCUCGAAGUUCCAGAGAAGCCUCCAAAUCUCCUGCCUUCCUCGCCAAAGUUCUCCGAAGCCUUCAUCUACUUGAAUCACCACCACGAGCAGAUGCAGCGCAUCCUGGCCGAACAGACUGCUGGACAGGAACUUCAUCUUAAUCGUGGCCAAGUAAAACCCUGUAAACUCAAUGCCCACCUCCCGACUCAUCGAUCCCUCUUCGACCUCGAUGAACGGCUAUUCAUUCGCGGCGAUCUGGAGGCCAUCGCAAUAUUCGCCCAGAACAAGGCCAUGCUGCGCAAUUGGCUGAACCCAGGCCUUUUGAUCUGCUAGGCAACCCCAUUUAAGCCCUUACAAAUGCAAAUUUAUCAGUUAGUUUUAUGUAUUGAAAGUAAUUAUGUUAAAUCAAAAUUCGACUCAAAAUUUUUAGAACAAUCUAAUUAGCAAAAGAGCUGCUCAACCAACGCAAUGCGAAAAUGGCAGCCAAUAGAGAUUAAACAUAUUUUUGGGUAUACUCGACAAUAAAGAUUUUUAAAAUAAAAAUCAAGUAGGCAAAUCGUUAGUAAUAAAUAAGAAAGG